GGUCUCGUCGUUCACGAAGACGAUUAUUUCUUUUUGCUUCCCAGAGAAGGUCGUCUACUGUCUGUCAAGUCAAAAUAAAGAAAGCUCGAUAACAAUGGCAGCAACUGCGAUAACUGAGCAUCUACUUUUCGUCCUUUUAGUGGUGGCCUCAUCGCUGUUGCUGGUGGAAUCCGACAACACGAACCAUGUCUACAACCCAUGUGCAGAUGCUAAAGUACAGAGAUCAGAUGGUUUUACGUUCGCCAUCGCAUUUGCGUCGAGGACUGCCUUCUUCUACAACAACAAUGGCAGCCUUCAGUUAUCUCCUUGUGACUCUAGGCUCUCUCUAUCUAGCCAGAAUUCUCAGAUCUCCGUUUUUAGACCUAAAGUCGACGAGAUCUCUCUCCUCACCAUCAACACCUCUUCCUUCUCUCCGGACAAUUACGGUGGAUAUAUGGUUGCAUUUGCUGGCAGAAAAUAUGCUGCAAGGUCACUUCCUGCUUUUGUAGCAAAUUCUACAUACACUGUGACCAGCUUUACUCUUGCGCUUGAGUUUAAGAAAGGCAGGUUGCAAAACUUGUACUGGAAAAGAGAUGGAUGUGCUAAAUGCACGGGAACCAACAACUUCGUCUGUCUUAACAAUCAAGACUGUGCAAUCAGAACAAACAGUUGCAAAAACCAUGGAGGUACAGUAGAUUGCAGCCUCGGUAUCCAAUUGGCAUUCUCUGGCACAGAUAAGCACCUUGCAGUUCUCAACUCAUGGUAUGAAGUAGAAAACCUCAGACAGUACUCACUUUAUGGCCUUUACUCAAAUCUCAAGAAUUCUCUCACUGACCAGUAUAAUAAGAUCUUCUAAUUGUGCUUCGGCCGAGUUGUAGAAUUUUUGUUCCUGAUUUGUUGUAAUUUUCCCCGUUGUGAAAGACCUCUACGCGCUUUUCCGAUGGAUGCAUCUCUACCGUGCAUGUAACUGUCUUUGCAGUUGUGUAAAUUUGUGCAUGCGAUUGAUUAUUUGUUAUUUAAAUUGAUUAUACAUGAAAAGGGAUUGCUAUAGUUGUAGCCCUUGAUGAUGCCAUGCCUUUUACCUUAUUGAACGUUUUUGUCCCUUUUUUUUUUA